AUGUCAAUGGAAGGGUCAAGUACGGGUUCUUUGAGAGUGGUGUUGUUACAUGGUAACUUAGACAUUUGGGUGAAGGAAGCUAAAAAUAUUCCUAACAAGGAACGGUUCCAGAGGUACAAAAAGAACCGUACAAAGAUUGGCAAAACUUUUGUGAUCGACAACAAUGAGAAUCCUGUGUGGAUGCAGCAUUUCUAUGUACCGGUGGCUCACCAUGCGACGGUGGUUAAAUUUGUGGUGAAAGACAGUGACCGUUUUGGAGCCAAGUUCAUAGGAGCUGUUGGAAUCCCAACCGAGGAGUUAUGUUCAGGGAACACGAUCGAAGGGCUGUUCCCGAUACUUAACAGUAAUGGGAAGCCAUGUAAAAAGGGUUCUGUGUUGAGUUUGUCUAUUCAAUACACUCCAGUGGAAAUGAUGAAAAUUUACCAAAUGGGUGUUGGUAAUGAGUGCGAAGGAGUUCCCGGUACGUACUUCCCUUUGAGGAAAGGCGGUAGAGUUACUCUGUAUCAAGAUGCUCAUGUUGAAGACGGGACACUUCCGAGUGUAGAUCUCGAUGGUGGGAUGAAGUAUCUACAUGGAAAGUGCUAGGAAGGGGCGGAUGCGAUUAGACAGGCAAAGAACUUGAUUUAUAUCACAGGUUGGUCAGUUUACCAUCCGGUUAGGCUGGUUCGUCGCAACAAUGAUCCGACCGAUGGUACAUUAGGUUAUUUGCUUAAAGAAAGAUCUCAAGAAGGUGUUAGAGUGUUGGUUCUGGUGUGGGAUGAUCCGUUUUCAAGGAGCUUUAUGGGGUGCAGAACACCCGGAUUUAUGAAGACAAGCGAUGAGGAGACUCGCCAUUUUUUCAAGAACUCGUCGGUGCAAGUUAUUAUUUGUCCUAGAUCUUGUAGGAAAAGUCUUCACAGCUUCGUAAAAAAAACUGAAGUUGGAACUAUCUACACACAUCAUCAAAAAACUGUUAUUGUAGAUGCUGAGGCAGCUCAGGGCCGACGAAAGAUCAUAGCGUUUGUUGGAGGGCUAGACAUGUGCAAAGGACGUUUUGAUACUCCUAACCAUCCUCUCUUUAGGACAUUGAAGACGCUUCAUAAAGAUGACUUCCAUAACCCAAACUUUGGGACUACUGCUGAAGAUGCACCAAGACAACCGUGGCAUGAUUUGCACUGCAAGAUUGAUGGUCCGGCAGCGUAUGACGUGCUUGCUAAUUUUGAACAACGUUGGCUAAAGGCUUCGGAGAAACGUCACAGAUUUUUGAUACAUAGAUCGUCUUCUGAGGAUGCUUUGCUUAAGAUUGACAGAAUUUCAAAUAUCAUGGGAGUAUCAGAAGCUUCUUUUGAUGAGAAUGAUCUAGAGUCUUGGCAUGUUCAGGUUUUUCGUUCCAUUGAUUCAACCUCAGUCAAAGGGUUUCCAAACGACUCAAAGGAAACAAGUGAAAAAAAUCUUCUAUGUGGGAAGAAUAUAUUCAUAGACAUGAGCAUACACAUGGCUUAUGUUAAGGCUAUAAGAUCUGCUCAGCAUUUCAUCUACAUCGAGAACCAAUAUUUUUUGGGAUCAUCAUUCAACUGGGAUUCACAUAACGACGUUGGUGCUAAUAAUCUUAUCCCUAUGGAAAUCGCACUUAAGAUUGCGUGUAAGAUUAGAGCUAGGGAGAAGUUUGCUGCUUAUAUUGUCAUUCCUAUGUGGCCAGAAGGUGAUCCAGCGAAUCCGGGUAUGCAGAGCAUUUUAUACUGGCAGUAUAAUACCAUGCAAAUGAUGUAUCAAACUAUCUACAAGGCACUUGUGGAGGCUGAACUUGAUGGUCAGUAUGAGCCACAAGACUAUUUGAACUUCUUCUGUCUUGGAACCAGAGAGGUUGGUGAUGAAAUAGCUAAUGUUUAUAGUCCGGGAAGUCCCCCUAAGAAAAAUGCAAAGGCAAAUGCCUCACAGGUGGAAGCUUUGAAGAGUCGAAGAUUCAUGAUAUAUGUUCAUUCCAAGGGUAUGAUAGUGGACGAUGAGUUUGUUUUAAUUGGUUCUGCGAAUAUCAACCAGAGAUCCUUGAAAGGAACAAGAGACACUGAAAUCGCCAUGGGAGGGUAUCAACCACACCAUUCAUGGGCUAAGAAAGGUUCACGUCCUCGUGGUCAGAUCUUUGGAUACAGAAUGUCGUUGUGGGCGGAACAUCUAGGGUUUCUAGAGCAAAGUUUCGAAGAGCCAGAGAACAUGGAAUGUGUGAGACGAGUUAGGGAAUUGAGUGAGAUCAACUGGAGACAGUAUGCAGCAGAGGAAGUUACAGAGAUGACAAGUCAUCUUCUUAAGUAUCCAGUUCAAGUCGAUAGGACAGGCAGAGUGAGUUCUCUUCCUGGAUGCGAGACAUUCCCAGAUCUCGGUGGCAAGAUUAUAGGCACGUUCUAUGUGUUCAAAGAAUACCUUACCAUCUAAAACUUACUUGGUUUGAUUCAUAUACAAAAUCUGCACAUGAACGUAUCAAUGCCAAUUUAUCAUCUUCGGUACAGUUUAAACACGUCGAUUCUUCAGUGUGAAACAUUUCUUGCAAUUUCGUGGAGAUAAUAAGGACAGACUCUAGGGUAAAUCCUCUCUAACCCAGAGGAAUCUGGAUAUCUGUACUGUACAUCGCAUUUUACUUGUAUGUUGUGUUUCUUUUCCCGUCUGGUUUUGUUGAUUUCUCUUGUAGGAUUGUGGCUCGUUUUAAAUUAAAUAAGGU